UCAUGAGGAUGAGGUUUAACACAGUUCUGUGUGUUGCUGGCAUUGUACUUCUCAAUCUAGCAGGCUCUUUUUGUCAGCUAGAUGUGUGUGGUCGAGCCCCCUUUAACACAAAGAUUAUUGGAGGGAGCGAUGCAACAGCAGGGUCUUGGCCCUGGCACGUGGGCAUUACCUUACCUGGAUUAUCAGCUUCUCUGUGUGGUGGGAGUCUCAUUAAUAAAGACUGGGUUUUGUCUUCAGCUACCUGCAUCAAUUUAUUUCUAGAUCAGAUUGUGAUCUACUUGGGACGUCGGAGCCAGUUCGACCCAGACCCACAUCAGAUAACCAGAACAGUACUUAAUGUCAUCAAUCAUCCUGACUAUAACCCAAGCACUAGAGACAAUGACAUAGCGCUGGUUCAGCUCUCAUCUUCUGUGAAUUUCACCGAUUAUAUUCGACCGGUCUGUCUGGCUGCUGCUGGUAGUGUAUUUGAUGAAGGACUUUCAAGUUGGGCCACAGGAUGGGGGUUCACAAGAUGGAGGGUCACAACAUGGGGCGGUAUUGAAAUCAAAGACAGCGAUCUUCCUAACAUAUUGCAGGAGGUGGAGAUUCCAAUUGUGAGCAACCAGAACUGCAGUAUUGCCUAUAAUGGAAGUGGUGUCACUAUCACAGACAACAUGCUGUGUGCUGGACAGUUAAAUGAUGUUUUUAAAAGUCCAUGUCUGGUAAGUCCCUUGAGGUAACCUGUAGUUUACAAUAUUCCUCUCAACCAGAAGAUCUCUAGCCUGGUUAGACAGACCUACAUCAAGAUGUAAGGUCUGGCAACUCUUCACACAAACGGCUCAAUGCAAGGGGCGGGAUAUAAGGUUGUCCCUCAAAAUGCCUCUGCACGCAAUAGGAUAGCGCUAUGACCAAUCAGAGCAACGAAGAAGGUGACGUAUGAGUCCCCUGCGUUUCCCCACCAGUGGAGCUAAUUGGUAUAUUAAACUUUUACCGUAACCAGUCGGCAAAACUCCAAACAAAUCUUUCUUGCUUAAAAAUGACUUCAGUAGGGUUAUUUGCUCUUAUCUCAAAGAAAAACAUAAGUCUAAGUCCUCCAGAGUUGCGGCCAAAGCCGCUUCAAAAGAAAGCUGUUCGCCAGCAGCAGCAGCCAUUCUUUGUUUUCAAGUAGGAACCGUCGCAGGCAGCUCUGUCGUCAUCAUGUUAAGCCCGCCCCACAGACGCUACACACGAUGUGAUUGGCCUGACCAAAUUUUGGUUUUUGGAGCUGUUAAGUGUAUUGUGAGUGCCUAGACUAAACCCUGGCAGCAAAUAUAUUUUGCGGCCGCUAGGGUGCGUCUAGAUUUCUAGGCUAGAAGAUCUCAGUCUUAAUCUUGAAACUGAAUUGGGAUUAAAUUACAAACACACUGCAUCAAGCACUCAUAAAAGAUUUGA